UAGAACGUCAUACCUUCCUAAAUAUAGCAGAACAUUUUGAAAAGCACAACUUCCAGGGAAUAGAAAAAAUAACACAGGUUAGCAUGGCCUUAUUGAAAGAACUAGACCAAAGACUCUUUGAAAAUUACAUUGAGCUGAAAGCAGAUCCCAUCGUUGGCUCCUUAGAACCUGGUAUUUAUGCAGGCUACUUUGAUUGGAAAGACUGCCUGCCUCCAACAGGUGUCAGAAACUAUUUAAAAGAAGCAUUGGUGAACAUAAUUGCCGUGCAUGCUGAGGUGUUCACUAUUUCCAGGGAACUGGUGCUUCGGGUCCUAGCCAAGGUGGUGGAAGCGGUCUCCGAGGAGCUGAGUCGACUGAUGCAGUGUGUUUCCUCCUUCAGCAGGAACGGAGCACUGCAGGCGAAACUUGAAAUCUGUGCUUUGAGGGAUACUGUGGCUGUUUAUCUGACACCUGAGAGCAGGUCCAGCUUCAAACAGGCCUUGGAAGCCCUGCCUCAGCUCUCGAGUGGAGCAGACAAAAGGCUGCUGGAAGAGCUUCUGAACAAGUUCAAGAGCAGUAUGCACUUGCAGCUCACCUGCUUCCAGGCCGUUCCCUCAACCACGAUGAAGACAUAGAUAACUGCAAAAUAAGGGCAGUCCAGAAAGAUAACAAUUUUUUCUGUUCGCACUCACUCUUUGUUUGGCUGGUGUCACUUCACAUUCCUGAAGAUUGACUGUGUGUAGUCUGGAUGCAGCCCUGUGCUCCCAGGCACUGCUGGGGUGGCCGCAGUCUCCAGUGUCCCUUACAGUGCCAGCCAGGCCUGGGGAACAGCCAGCGCUCCUGCCCGGUGCUGUCUGCUCCUGCCCUUGAGCACUCUGCUUCUCCUGCCGCCUCUUUCCCUUUGAGGUGUCUUGCUCGGGAGCUGGAAGAAUGCUGCACUGGCACCAUCCGUGAUUUCUGGAGACUCGGGGCACUCCUUGGUCCUCAGGCAGAGCGAGCUGUAGAUCAGCCAGUGCACGUCUGUCCUGCACUGACUCCUGACAGGCAUGGGACAGGUUCCAGUCACUGUGACCUCUCUCCACGUCACCCUCCCCCAUCUAACUCCAUCAUACCAUUGGCUUCUGAAGACAGUAAUUCUCUCUUUGUAGUCUACUUGUGAGGGUUUUCAAAGUUUUCCAUAGAACCCGCUUUUUUAAUUGCUGAAAUUAAUGUUUUCAUUAUUAUAAGUAAUUUUAGAGCACAGUAUAGCCAUAUACAGUACCCAUUAUUUGAAAUAAGGAAAUGUUGUGUUUGUUCAUUUAGUGUAUAGCAGGGAAAUUAUAGUAACUAGAAGUGAAAGAUUAAUCUUUUACAAAUGUGCUUGAUAAAGCUGUUAAGAAAUAUGCAGAAUAUUGUCUCUCCUGAGUGUGUUAACCAUUGUGUCUAACAUGACUAUGAACUAAACUACAAAAUUGCAAUCUGAAUGCUUGUGUUAUUUUAAGUAUCUAGUACAGUACAUUCAGCCAAUAAAGAAUCUGUCUUCAAAGUAAGAUGUAAUUGA